AUGCUCUUACACAAUAAUACAAUUGCAACUGCUACAUUUCUCUCACCUACAGAAUCUCCAUCAACAUCACCACCAACAACAACAAAUAGUGUUUAUACGCAUCCGAAUCCACCACCGAAUCCAUAUUUUCCAUCACCUUGGAUUCAACCAUAUAAUAAUCAAAGAUUAUUAACUGAACAAUUUUUUAGUCCAACUAUGUUAGCAACAAUUCCAUCACCCGGUAUUGGCAAUCGAACCAACAACAAUAUGAAUACAAAUGGUCCCACGACAGCACUUCUUACAAAAAAUGAUCUUAUUGCUUUUCAUCAUCUUCAACAACAACUAGAUGCAUCAUCAUCCAAUUCGCCAUUGGUACCAACAUUAUUAUCUCCAACUGCAACAUCAGGUUCAUCAAAUAUUAAUCCUAAUGGAUCAUCACCAACAGUAACUAAUGCUACGCAUUCACCAAUCGAUUCAUCAAUACUUGCUACAGUCUCUAGUCAACAUCAUUCAUUUGCAUCUACGAAUAUGAUAACAACGAAUAAUAUAUCAAAUCUUAUUGUUGAUUCAACAUCUCAUUUAUCACAAGUUACCAGUGUACCGUCAUCACCAUCAUCAAUUAUUGAAUCAACAACAGCGAACAGUAAUAAUAAUCUAAUACAUUCAUUAUCACCUAAUGAUAAUACUCAAUCAAAUUCUUCAUCAUCUCAUUCACCACAAUCAACAAGUACAAUAACACCCAAUGGUUCAUCAUCAUCAACAAAUGGUUCAAAUUCAACACAAAAACGUUUACAUGUAUCUAAUAUUCCAUUUCGUUUUCGAGAUGAUGAUCUUAAAGCUAUGUUUGAACAAUUUGGUGAAAUAGUCGAUACGGAAAUUAUUUUUAAUGAACGAGGAUCAAAAGGCUUUGGUUUUGUAACAUUUGCUUCAACUGAUGACGCUGAUGCAGCUCGUGAAAAACUACAUGGAGCUAUUAUUGAAGGACGUAAAAUAGAGGUUAAUAUGGCAACUGCACGAUCACAGCCAAAACCUAAACCAAUUAUAGCAAAUCCAUUCGGUGUUGUGUUAAAUACAAGACAACGUCCAACAUUAAUUACAGCUACACAACCUACAGGAUUACGUGCAGCAACAGCAUUUACUAAUGGUUUUGCUUUACCCGGUGGAUAUACAAUUUAUCCUGAUCAAUUAACUACUAUGGGUGGUUUAACAGCUUAUCCAAUUGCGACUGCACAACAACAAAACGGUAUUCGUUAUAUAACAACUACUCCGAAUGGAUUUACAGGACCUGGACAAUCAGGUGGAUCAUAUGCAUUUAGUGUCUUACCAAUGCCUAAUGGUGUUAAUACACAAACUGGAUAUAUUAUAAAUGGACCAUCAACAACGAAUAUGACUUCACAAACUGCUCAAUUUGGACAUCCAUAUCAAGAAACUGCAUAUAUCACUACAUCACCAAAUGGAACUAUUGGUCCUAUUACUGGUAUACGCAACAAUGUUCGUUAUGCACCUUAUUAA